AUGGCCGCCUUCCGCCUCCUCUUCCUCCUGCUUGCCUUCUCCGCCAGCUGCAACAGCAUUGCCGCUGCCAGCGCGAUGUACAAGGCGAGGGCCAGUGUGAUUUUCAGACAUGAUGCUCGCACCAUCGAGGUCAAAUUCGUCCUCCCCGCCAGCAACAGCCCAGUCGCCGCUGGGGACGAGGACCUGCAGCUGCGGCAGGAAGCCAUGGCGCAGGCCAUUACCGUGAUCUCUCGCCACAGGCCAGAGACCAGCGACGCCGAGAAGCUCAAGUGGGCGCUGGGGGUGGUGAACCUCGAGGCCCAGCGGUGGAAGCCCAUCUUCAGAGCCGUCAGCACGGUGCUGGAGAGCGGCGCCGACGACGGCACCAAGGAGGACGCGUUCGCCCAGGCCAAGGAGGAGCUCAACCGCGAGCUCGGCCAGGAAGGUCCCAACGCCCUCAAGAUCGACUUCGGGUAUAUGUGA